GUGUCACAUGUACCUGCAUGAACAUGCAGCACUGAGGCAACAAUAAAGCUGCCUAUAUGCUGUAUAUAUAGUAACUAUUUGGGAAUGGAGUCUGACCAAACACUGAAGAAAAAGAACAAGGAGCUAACUAAAGAGAACGAUAAACUGACCAAAGAGAACGAUAAACUGAGACAGCAAGUGCAGUCAAAAACAGUUCAAAUAGAAUUACUUCAACACAAGCUUUAUGCCAAGGAAGUGUUACUGAGGGAAUCAGAUAUUUCGAAAAAUGAUGCAAAAGAUGUUCUUGAAGAUAUGAAAGUGGAAAUGGAGCGGAUCGGAAAAAGGAUUACAAAACAACUUUUUAGAUUGAAAGAUCCACCACUAAACGAAGUUGUUCCAAUUAACAGGAAUGGAAGUUUAGAGAGCUUAUCAACUAUGCCAAAAUCAACUCCAGAGGACUCAAGAUCAGAGACUGAGUGCACCACCAUAGAUCAUGGCAGCGAUCAGGAAGAGAUGAGCAAUGGCAGGUGGUAUCGAUACGAACCCAAAGACUCGGACAUUGAGAGUGAUCAAGCGUCUUCAAUACGAAGUGUAAAGACCAUUAUACACAAGAGAAUCUUCAGCGGAGUGAACAACCUAGAUGAGACACUGCAGGAUACAGCCACGAGUAAACAGAGUAAUGAAGAUAUUCCCGCUAUAAAAGUUGAACAACCUCUACGUGUACAGCCAACUAGGAUCACCGAAACUAGUGAUGAACAAAGCGACGAACUGGCAACCCAAUCAGACACUAAUAGCAGUGCUUUCUUUACACGUCCAGUGCAAGUGAAGAGCCCAUCUGGAAGUGAGCUAAGUGAUGCCGUGAGCACAGAUGCUAAGGUGCUGAAAUCUAAGUCAUCACGUCACACCAAGGAGCUAGUUGCACAACCACUACUCACACACCAACAAAAGCAACGAUUGGGAGCGUUAACGGAAUUACCCUCUGCUUCAGCCGGUUAUGAAACAAAAGACAAAAAACCUACAGCUACUCAACCUGAUGAAGACUGUGAUUUCAUGCGUACAUUUAAGAGAAUAACACAAAAGUCUCGACCUUCAUAAUCAUCAAAACAUGCAUAUAUGUCAUUACCUUAGCGACACAGUGUAGUGUGUGUAUAGUUCACAAUGAAUUUUGUCAUGUGGUUUUUUGUUUUUUACACAGUUGCAAUACAAACAUAAAAAUGUUCAGUAACUAUUGUC